AUGGCAGACAAAGACACUGUAGAGAAGUUCCUUGACAACAACCCACAGUUUGCUAAGGAGUACUACGACAAGAAAGUCAAGGCAGAUGUGAUCACUGCUGCCUUCAACAACCAGGUCCAGGUCAAAGACCCAGCCUCUUACAAUGAUGUCACCACCAUCCAGGAGGCUGAGUUCAUAUUCGAUCUCAUAAGGGGGAUGCAAGGCAACACCCCGAUGGAAAAAGCCCUGCAUACAAUUCUCCAGAGGAUUGCUCUGCUGGUCCAGGCCGAUCGCUGCAGCUACUUUGGCUACAGGGCACGUAACGGAAUUCCUGAGCUGACCACGGUCCUCUUCGACGUGUCACACAAUUCUCCAUUUGAAAAGAAUUUAGUGGAUCCCAAUGCAGAGAUUGUUUUUCCCACCGACAUGGGAAUUGUUGGAUGGACGGCACACUCCAAGAAGCCUCAGAACAUUGCUGAUGUCAAGAAGGAUUCUCAUUUCAGUGACUUUGUGGAUAAACAGAAAAAAUAUACCACGAAAUGCAUGAUUACUGCUCCCAUUAUGUGUGAGAAGGAACCCAUUGGUGUCAUCAUGGCACUCAACAAACAAGGUGCUGAUGCAUUUUCAAAGAGUGAUCAGGAGCUCUUUAAUAAAUAUGUGAACUUUGCUGCUGUGGUCGCUCUCCAAGCCCACACUUCAUGCAUGUGGGAUAUAGAGUCCAGGAGAAGCCAGGUGUUGCUGUGGUCAGCCAGCAAAGUCUUUGAAGAGCUGACAGAUAUUGAGAGGCAGUUUCACAAAGCCUUGUACACAGUGAGGACAUAUAUCAAGUGUGAGAGAUACUCCGUGGGACUCCUGGACAUGACCAAAGAAAAGGAAUUCUUCGAUGAGUGGUCAAUCAAACUAGGUGACCAGGAGCCAUACAAAGGCCCCAAGACACCUGAUGGGAGAGAAAUCAACUUCUACAAGAUUAUUGACUACUUGCUGGAAGACAAAGAGGAGAUUAAAGUUAUCCCUGGCCCUCCUGCUGACCACUGGGCUCUGGUCAGCGGACUCCCAACAUAUGUGGCUGAAAAUGGAUUUAUCUGCAACAUGAUGAAUGUUGGAGCAGAUGACUACUUCGCAUUUCAGAAAGAAAUGGUGGAUGAGACUGGAUGGAAGAUUAAGAACGUCCUGUCCCUCCCCAUUGUCAACAAAAAGGAAGAAAUUGUUGGUGUUGCUACUUUUUACAAUAGAAGUGAUGGCAAACCAUUUGACGAGAAUGAUGAACAAAUUACAGAAGCUCUAACCCAGUUCCUUGGCUGGUCCACUCUGAAUAGCGACACAUACGACAAACUGAACAGGACAGAGUGGAGGAAAGAUAUUGCACAGGAAAUGCUCAUGUACCAGACAACAGCCACACUAAAUGACGUGCAGACCAUUCUGAACACUCAAGACAAGUUGGGCUCUGCACCAGAGGACUGUGACCAGAAGGAGAUGUACAAACUGUUGAGAGGCAACAUCCCUGACGCCAAGAAGGUGGAGCUGCUUGAGUUCCGCUUUAGUGACUUCCCCUUGUCAGAGUUGGAACUCAUCAAGUGUGGCAUCCGCUGCUUCUUUGAGCUGGGGGUGGUAGAGAAGUUCAAAGUCCCAGCUGAGAUCCUGACACGCUGGAUGUACACCGUUCGCAGGGGAUACCGUGACAUCACCUACCACAACUGGAGGCAUGGCUUCAACGUUGGACAAACCAUGUUCGCUUUGCUGCUAACAGGCAAACUGAAGAAGUAUUACUCCGAUCUCGAGGCCUUUGCCAUGGUAGCUGCCGGAUUCUGCCACGAUAUUGACCACAGAGGAACCAACAAUCUCUACCAGACAAAGAGUUUAUCCCCACUGGCAAAACUGCACAGCUCCUCAAUUAUGGAGCGGCAUCAUCUUGAGUACAGUAAGACACUGAUGGAGGAUGAGAACCUGAAUAUCUUCCAAAACCUUCAGAAGCGUCAGUUUGAGACGGUGCAGCAUCUGUUUGAAGUUUGCAUAAUUGCCACUGAUCUCGCCCUUUACUUCAAGAAGAGAACAAUGUUCCAAAAAAUUGUGGAAGCUGUGGAGGUCAUGCCAGAGGAGAAAGACAAGAUCAACUACAUCUCCAACAAUGCAACCAGGAAGGAAAUUAUCAUGGCAAUGAUGAUGACAGCUUGUGACCUGUCAGCUAUUACAAAGCCAUGGGAGGUUCAGAGCAAGGUCGCUCUAAUGGUGGCAGCAGAAUUUUGGGAGCAGGGAGACCUCGAAAGGACAGUCCUUGACCAGCAGCCUAUUCCAAUGAUGGACAGAAAUCAUGCUGAGCAGCUGCCUAAGAUGCAGUGUGGAUUCAUUGACUUUGUCUGCUCCUUUGUGUACAAGGAGUUUUCUCGCUUCCACACAGAGAUUACCCCCAUGUUCAAUGGGCUGAAUAUCAACAGAGGCGAGUGGAGAGCUCUCGCAGAUGUCUACGAGGCCAAGAUGAAGGCUAUCGAAGACGAGAAGAAAAAGCUGGAAGGUGGAGGCGAACAAGGUCAAGCUGGCGGGAAUUCAAAGACAUGCGUUAUCUUCUAGACCUCCAUUUUAUGAAUGUUUGUCUGGAUGUGUAUUUGUACAGUGUGUGUAUGCGCACAAGCAUGUGUUCACAGGUGAGGGAAUUCUAAUGUGCAAAAAUCCCUAAAUGAAUAUUUUUAUAUAUACUGUAUAUAUCCUCUGAUACAGGAAUCUGUUUAAGUUGGCACCAAUCUUGAGCACUUAUAGUUUGUAUGUAAUACUAUGAAAACGUUCUUGUACUAAAAGAAGUGAACUUCAUCAUUAUAACUAUUUAUACCGAAUAUAAUAUAAGGAUAUUUAGGUCACUUUUUUUGCUUUGGACAUGAUAUAAUUAGAAAUAUUAGGCUGCAAAUAUGAUGCAGUUAUAUCUGGAUACUUUUGGUAUAUAAAUACUACAAUAAAAUGCUUUUAUUUUGUAGAGAAAGAGCUCACUAAACAAAAGUACUAGUUGCAAGUGCUAGUAGUGCUUUCAAAAUUUCAAGAAUAUGUCCCUGGCAAAUUAGUGAGAGAUGUAAGAAGAUUUGACUGAAUUGGAUUUGGUUAUAAGCCACCUCAAGUCCCUAGGCUUUUCUUUUUAAUCCCCCUGCUUACAUAAAGUAAAAAUACUGUUGUCCUGCUCAUUAGAGUAUAUGUGGCAUUUACAGGACAGGAAGGUGUCAUGUGAAAACACUCUGCACCAUGUAUAAGAGAAAUGGCAUUUAAGUGUGAACAACACAUACAUUAUAAUGUGUUUAGAUUUCUCAAAACACAACUUGUGAUUCUAUUUUCUGAGGCAAAAGUUUAACAUAAGAACUUUGAAUCUCAGAGAAUGCAACC